GUUAGCAGAAAGUGUGUUAGAGGAAGUUGUUAGAAGUUAGUUAUAACAGAAUUAGUUAGCACAACUUAGUUACAACAGAAUUAGUUAGCACAUUUUUUCUACUGAUGUACACUUCUAUAUAUAGAAGUCAUCUCCUUCAUUGUAUUGCAUAAAAUUCAGUAUUAAGAAAUAUACUCUUCUCUACCAAAUCUAAACCUUCCUGUCUGCACAAUCAUCCAUGGAAGUAUAACUUCCAUGGAUCUUACUACAUAGUUACAAACUUGUUAUGGUAUCAGAGCAGCGAAACUGGAACAAUCUGCUGCAAGUAAAUUGAAAUUGAAUCUUCAGUCAUGGGAGAUUUAACAGUAGCCACGUUAGAGCACAAUCAUCCACUCUAUCUUCAAGCUUCAGAUACGCCAGGUGCAGCUCUAAUUGCGACAAAACUUACAGGUCCAGAAAAUUAUGGCCUAUGGAGUAGAUCGCUAAGGUUGACAUUGUUGGUGAAAAACAAGCUUGGUUUUGUGGACGGAACUUGCUUAAAAAGUGCUUUCAAAGGUGAUUUAGCUAUUCAAUGGGAGAGAUGUAAUGUUGUGGUGCUUUCAUGGAUUAGUAGUACUGUAGCACCAGAACUAAUUACAACAAUUGUGUAUGCUUCGAAUGCUAAACGUGUAUGGGAUGAUUUCAAGGAGAGAUUUCAUAAAUCUAAUCUCACAAGAGUGUAUCAAUUGUGGGAAGAUGUAUCUUCUAUAAAACAAGGUACUGAUUCUGUCACAAUUUAUUAUUCGAAAUUAAGAGAUCUAUGGGAUGAAUUGGAUGUGUUAGUACCAGCUCCCUUGUGUAAUUGUGAUGUAGCUAAGCCCUACAUUGAACACUUAAGUCAGCAGAGAUUGUUAAUGUUUCUCAUGGGCUUGAAUGAGUCGUACAGUCAUGUGAGGAGUGACAUUCUACUUAAACCAGUUGUUCCUACUGUUAAUCAAGCGUAUGCUACAGUAAUACAAGAGGAGAGCCAGAGGUUACUAGGAGUGAUAGACAUCAACAGGGAACCUCUUACUAUGCUGGUUAAUAGAAGACAAGGAUUUAGAGGAAAGAAGUUGCUGGAUAUUGCUUGUGAACACUGUGGUUACAAAAAUCACUUAUCCAAGGAUUGCUACAGAAUCAUAGGAUAUCCUGCAGAUUUCAAGAGUAAAAGAAAGCAAGGAUUACCUGGAGGCAACAACAAUGGUUAUAGAUCAAAUAAUCUCACUCAAAAUUCAGCUCAAAAUUCAAACACUCAAAAUGCAGGAACUAGUUUCAGGCCCUAUGCUAACUAUGCUGCUAAUGAAGGACAGAGUGAUUUUCAGCUCACUGAAGAGGAAUAUAAUCAUGUACAGAAUCUCAGAAUCAAUUCAACUUUAUCUGCAGCCAGAGAUGAAGGUGAAUACAAGGCAAAUCUAGCAGGCACUCUCCAAUGGGAAGGUGAUUGGGACUGGUAAGGAGUAUCAUGGAUUAUACUUGCUCAAAGAUACAUUCAAGGUAGUAGCUAGUGCUG